CCGAAACUGAAGACUUCAUGCUCGACCUGCCAGUUACGGGGACGAACUCUGGCGCCCUCUACAGAAACAUUUAUUGCGCCCUGUGUAACGAGGAGCCGUUCACACCUUGGUCUGUGCACAUAGAAUGUCGCGGCGAUGAUCCCAGUUUUAAACUAGGCGCAUCAUUUCGGGAAUUACUGGAGCAUCCGAGUUGUAGUUUGACAUACCGACCACCAUCGAAUACGAGUCUCCAGUAUCGCCCAUGCCUUGCCGAAGUGACCAAGACGUGCAGACACCCAGACGCAGUUGCCGACGAUGUCAAAAAAGCCUGCCUGGAAAGCAAAUCGAAUUCUUUGGUGUACCGAAUAAACUACGCGUUUGCCAACCCGUUUUGUGCCAUGUGUUAUCUUGGACACAUGAAGUAUAUCACGUGCGCAAAAAUCUCGGGUAUGCCGAUUCUGAUAUCGCACGAACCCUAUUCGUAUUCCAUUCUGCUGGAUUUCACCAAGGGUAUCAUACUUUCCAAAAUCGGCCAACGCGUACAUGUCGUGGAAGAGAGAAAUGUGAAAUGUAGCAGCAAUGCUAUCUACGACCCAAUUCUGUCUGUGUGCAAAGACGUCGAAUGUCCUGACGGAUGGAGAUUUACACAAACCGAAUGUGUCUUUGCAAGGACGAGUUCACCUGCACGUGGUCAACUCGAUACUCUGGAGACGCUGAAUAGAACCGUCUGCGCAAAAAUUCGUUUAAAUGAAUCUGAAUAUGAACUGAAUGAAACUCAUCUUUAUUUAACCAAACACAAUGUUGCACUUGAGCCGGGCAAUUUUGAAACAUCUUCAUUGGGAACUUUUAUCUGUGCUAAUUACCUAGGCGACGUAUUUGAUGAUUUCUCCAACGCUGGUCAAAUAUCGCUUCCACUCGCCAGUUCAGAAGGCAUAAUCAGCGCCAUUGGCAUGAGCGUAUCGAUUGUGUUUAUGAUGAUCACAAUAUAUUUCUAUAUUUCUAUUGGAAGAGUUCGAUCCAUCCCAGAAAAGAACACGCUGUCCAUGAUGUGUGCGUUAAUCCUUGCUAACACUCUACUGCUGUUCGGCUCACUCACUUCUUCCGUGCCGUUGCUAUGCAAACUUGUGGCUGUCGCUAUGCACUACGCCUUCCUGUCUGCGUUUGCGUGGAUGAACGUCAUGGCAAUAGACAUGUGGGGCACGUUUUCCUCGGGACUGCACCUUCGGGAGAGAUUUCACAAACUGUUCGCAAAGUACAGCAUCUACGCUUGGGGGUGUCCUGGUGUUAUCGUCGCUACGUCGCUAACACUUGACCAACAGGCUCGAAACUUUCCCGCCAGCCCGCGAUACGCAGCCAACAUUUGCUGGAUCAACUCCAAACUCGGCCUGCUCAUAUUCUUUGCCGCGCCGCUAGCGGCCAUCCUCGCCGUCAACGCCGUACUCUUUGUCAUCACCUCCAGAAUAAUAAUGCGCUCCAGGAAAGCGAUCGAGGUGUGCGGGCCGGUUAGCCUGAAGCGACAGAACCUUCUGACCAUCAACAUUAAGCUCUCGGUCAUCGUGGGCCUCGGUUGGGCACUGGGCUUUGUCGCGGCCUUCUGGGAGUCAUCGGUUGUGACUUAUCUGUUUAUCGUACUCAACUCCCUGCAAGGAUUUUUCAUUUCCCUGUCGUGCAUGUGCUCGACUAAAAUCCGGAAGUUGAUCCGAGUGAGA